CAUGGGUCCUGCCUGUCCGCGCAUCUGAGAGCCCCGGUAGGCGCCGGCGUUCUGCAGACGCUCUGCUCCUUCUCUAUGAUCUUUCCUCAGUCAGGAGCGAAGGAGGAGACCCGGCCGCCUCGCGGCGGAGCCCGGAGCUUGAGCGGGGGAGAAGGUUUGGAAUGCAAGAUGGUGAUAAUAACCAAGUCACAAGGAGGACCAAGAGGAUAACAAUCGUCCAUCCCCUGCACUGACUCAGUCCAGAAAACACGGAAGCCAGGCAAACAGGAAAGGGCGGAAAGAACACCAUGAUGACUACCAUAGUUAAGCUGUUCUCCCACCAAGUCUCACAGGAGCAUGAGAACAUGUAUUACAUCCUGACUGAAGACCACCCCUAUGGUAGCAAGAUAUUUCCUGCAGGAAGUAUGUGUUAUCUGAAUGAGCAAACUUACCUGCAGCACAUUGACAGUGACAGAUUACCCACUCGCUUCUGGAGGUUUGUUAUGGUGGAAGAUGAUUCUGUGGCCACAAUGGAUGUGGAAACUCUGCAGCCUCUGAACAAAAGUGUGGCACAUUUUCUCUCAGCCAUCAGCAACCCCCGUGAACGGCUGAACUGUUUUCUGGACAGUCUUGUUCUAGAUGCUGCCAUGAAUGCCAGGCUAGGCCAACCAGUCUUCGUUGAUUUGGACCAGCAGACUUUCCGUGGUACCAUCUGCUACAUUGGGAAGCUUAACAGGAGCCCAUCUGGGCUCUCUCCAGUUUUCUUUGGAGUGGAGUUGCAGGGUGAAGGUGAAGGCAAAGGCUACUGUGAUGGCUCCUAUAAUGGGAUGGAAUACUUCAGGUGUAAACAGAACUGUGGCCUUUUCCUGCCAUGUAACAAACUGAAAUUUGUACCGGCAUCGGAGAAUGAUGAGGCAAAGCAGGAGGCGAAACCAGACACAGUUGAGGCUAUUCCUGUGAAGGUGGGGGAUACUGUUGGCUUUUAUCUGGAUGAUGCUGUCACGCGAGGAGUAGCAAUGGCUGUCUACAAGGAAGGGAACACCUGGAUGGUGGAAGUGUGUCCGGAAGAGGAAGCGUCAACAGAUGUUUUCAGGGUUAUACCCAUGGAGUCUGUGGUGAAGGAAGAGCUGCUCUCCUCAGCCUUUGAAGUGGAGACUGACUCGGGACCCCAGGAGCAAGUAAAACGUAAAAGAAUCGAGAGUACGAAGGACCUGGCAAGCAAACUGCCCUCCCUUGGUGUAAACUCUGUGGUGCAGAUCAGCUUGGACAAGGAGAAUUCAGUCACGGGGACUAUCCGCUGGAUUGGCUGCCUAUCGAAUACUCAGCAGACAAUGGCUGGAGUUGAGCUGGAUGAAGAUAAAGGUGUUUCGGAUGGCGAGUGGCAGGGUGUGCGCUACUUCACCUGUGCCCCAAAGCGCGGCCUCUUUGUGAAGCUGGAGACAUGCCAGCCAGACAUGCGUUUUCUGUCCAACAGCAACACCUUCAUGGAGCCCACUGCCUUCAGUGGCCUGGAUACUCCUGCCAUCCAGAGCAACUCUCCCCCUCUCAGGAAUGAUGUGGCCGUGAAUGUGCUUCAGGGGCGAAUGAAAGGAAUCCAGGGCCACUGCAACUCCUGUUACAUGGAUGCUGCACUUUUCAGCCUCUUUUCCUGCACCUCUGUCUUGGAUUCCAUGCUCUUCAAGCCCUCCCUCCCACCCGACGAGCACAUUCAGAAGAUCCUCCGGGACAAGAUAGUCAACCCUCUUAGACAGAAUGGCUUUGUUGCUGCAGGCAAUGUAAUGGAUCUUCGUCACCAGCUGACUGAGAAAGGGCAGUGUUCCAGCUUUGCCACUUCUGAGAAAGACCCUGAGGAGUUUCUUAAUCUCAUUAUGCAUCGCAUUCUUGGGAUAGAGCCGCUUUUGAAACUGCAGUCUGGAAGGCUGAAGGAGCAGGAGUGCUACUGCUACCAGAUCUUCAUGGACAAGCAGGAGGACUUGGUGGUGCCCAAUGUCCAGCAGCUGGUGGAGCAUUCCUUCCUCUCCUCUGAUCUCAAGCUGGUGGAGAUUCCAUCCUGCUUUAUCCUUCAAAUGCCCCGUUUUGGGAAGGAAUACAAAAUGUUCAGCAAAAUCAUCCCCUCCUUGGAGCUGGACAUCACUGACCUGCUGCUAGAUAGUCCCAGGGAGUGUUUUGUAUGCGGAGAUGUCGCCACUCAAGAAUGCUCAGCAUGCUUUAAAGACAAGAUGUUUGCAGAUACCGGACUGAAGCAGUACUGUGACCCUUGCUGCAGGCAGGCUCACUCUCAUUAUCAGCGGAAAACCCAUCGGCUAACCAAGCUGCACAUCCCUGAGGAGUUCCGCAGGGGUCACCACUUUGGCGGUCUCCGGGUGCUCCGAGAGAAACUGGAGCUCUUUGCCGUUCUUUGCAUUGAGACCAGUCACUAUGUCUCCUUUGUGAAAUAUGGACCAGAGAAAGAGAACUGGAUGUUUUUUGACAGCAUGGCAGACAGGCAUGGAUGGUCUGGGCCUCCAAAGCCACCUUCCCCUCUCAUUGGCCCAGGUGAUGAGAACGGCUUCAACAUUCCCACUGUGACGCUGUGCCCAGAGGUCGCCAAAUAUCUGGAGAUGCCGGUGGCCGCCUUGGCCAUGGAGCAGCCCCGGGACAUGGAAGGAGUUGCCAAACGCCUCUUCUGCGACGCCUACAUGUACAUGUACCAAAGCAAGAAAAUGGCACUUUAUAAAUGACUUUAUAAAUGAUGCCACCAACAGCCCUAAUGAAGCAGGACAGAAGUGAAGAAGCUUGCUGUCCUCUUCCGAAACUUCUCCUGUGCUGUUUGCAAAAUCGCUUGUUGGGAGAAGGAAUUGGCGAAAUAGCUUUGCGUUGGGCAGGUGGUGAUGUGUACCUUCUGCAAGCUCAGGCCUGUCAGCAGUGUGGGAAUAAUCUUGAUGCAAGAAUUUCCACACCUUGUCCUAAUGGUUCCCACGCCCUCUCCGGCGAACCAUCUCCCAGAUGUUCUUGGCCACUGGCACAUCCUUUGGACUAUAGCUCAGGAAAACAGAAGCUCAGCCUCAGGUUUGGACUGUGACUCUCAGGCUGUAGCUCUGAACCAGGCAAGGUCUCCAGCCCCCUUGCUUUUUACCUGCACUGAAUUCCAUGAAUCCAAAACUCAGUGAAAAUUCUUCCUCCUUAGUAAUGGGGGAGGAAGGAAAUGUCUUGAGAGCAAGAAACCCUUUCAUUAAGGAGUUCUGGGUUUGACCUGCAAUCUCAAGGGACCAGCAACUGCUACUCUCCUGCACGCUCCCAUUUCUUUCUUGAUCCCCUUGCAUCCGUGACGGCUCUGUAUUCAUGCCUGUCGUGUCUCAUGUUGAAAGCCCCCAGUCUUAGGUGGUGGUGGUUGAGGCUUCAGAUGUUUCUUGGUGGCGUUGUGUAUCUGGCUAGAAAUGCACUUUAAGCAUUUCUUAAAGCCAUUUCUUGGCCAUUACGGUGAUCUAGGGAGAAGAUAAAGGGGACUCUGACCAUUUCUGCCUUUGCCCUUCCAUUCUUCCCUCUAAUUUUUCCUUUGCAACCCAUACAUAGCAGAGGCCCGCUCCGCCAAGGGUUGAAAAUGUAAUUUUCCUGAGCAGGCUGGGUGCACCAUAUUCUAGGACUCUGUUCCUCAGUCAGUGUCCCAGAGUCCCCUCUGAGCCUCUGCCUCUUCCACUGUCGUUCCUGGAGCCUCUGCACCUUUUAGUCCGACUUGUAUUGGCUGCUGGAACCCUGAUUCUGACCCCUCGUAAGGAGAUGUGGGAGAGAGGCCUGGGGUACUAACACCCACCCUGAAGGGUGGAUGCAGAGGAGGCAGAGAAUGGCUCCUGGGUGGCCCGUCCUGUCCCGUCCAUAAUUUAAAGGGUGUUCUGAACAGCCCGGCCUGGUUAUUCUCUCAGUCCUCCUGCAUGAAUCCCUCUCCUCUCCUUGAUGCAAACUCAACUUCACUCAGAUUUCUCGUGCUUUCUUGUAGAAACCAGCUGCCCCCCCCCCCUUCACCUCCCCUCCAAGCACUGUGAAAAUUUCUUGGCCAUUUGUCUCCCUUGGGUUGGACUGAUCUUCUUUAUCGGUUAUCUCUUCUUAGUUUUGGUUCUUCUUCAUGAAACUUGCAAGGGGUUCUGUCUAUUUAAUAGCUCCCCGUCUUUGGGCUUUCUAUCUAGUAAAUACUGUGUGCAAUGAAACGUUUUAUGGGGAGACCGUGAAGUGCCUUAAACACGUACCCAUUUGUCAGAUGUAGCCAUUAAGUGGGUUUUACUGCUUUUUCUUCUUCUACACCAGCUUGGGUGUUUAUACCUGUUUCUACUGAGAUUUCCUGCUCUGUAUCCUGUGAACAAACUGAGGAUUUUCAGCACUUUUCAAAGGAUGCUGUUGCUCCCCUGGGGUGGGUGUGAAGCAGGCUUGACAGUGAUGCAGAAGCCCUCUAAGGCAGGGGUUCUCAAACCUGGGUCCCCAGGUGUUGGACUUGCUACAAUGGCCUUUGGCUGAAGGCCAUUAGGGAUGGACCCGGACCGGUCCGGAGGCCAUUGAAAAGGCCUCCGGACUGGUCCGGACCUGGGUGGUUCAGUUCGG